UGUUGAUGAAGUUGCACAUGUCAACUCAUUGUGCUUCAACUGGAGUGGAGAAGAAAUUUACUCUGGUAGUUAUGGAAAAAUAAAUAUAUUUCGUACGGAACGUCCAGGACGUGAAUUUAUUGAAAUACCUACUAAAGCAGACUUGCAUAGAUCAAUAAUAUCCACUAUAGCUAUGAAUCCAGUGGAUAAAAGUAUGUUUGCUGUUGGUACUUACAGUAAAGAUAUCGGUGAGCCCUUGUCUUAGAUAAUAAUUUUAAAUAAUAUUAUUUUGUAAUUGCAUUAUAUAGUCCAAAUUCCAUUUAGGUAUAUACGGUGGCAAUCAGCUAAUGUACAUAUUGAGAGGUCAUAAAUCAGGAAUUACCCAAUUAAAAUUUUCACCCGAUGGGUUGAAGUUAUAUUCUGGGAGCAGAAAAGGUGAUAAUGAUAUUGUAUGUUGGGAUUUAAGGAAUGUUGGUCAAACCCUAUAUUCUGCUGAAAGAACCGUGACUACUAAUCAAAGAAUUUGUUUUGACAUUUCAUCAGACGGAAAAUUUUUAGUAUCAGGUAAAAGCAUGUUAAAUUUAAUAUGAUAUAAUUUACAUAUAUCUAUUAUCAUUUAUUAUAUGAUAUAAUCAAUACUUAUUUACAGUAAUAUAAUAAAAUUAAUAUAUUUUUGGUAAAUGUUAUACAGUUAGGGUUGUCAUAAUUUCAUAAAGCAAAUCCGGGACGAAUAGAAAAAAUAGCAAAUAAUAUCAGACUAAAAAUAUAAUUGAAUACCUAUAUAAUCUAUAUGUUUGAAAAAAAAACCAACUUAUUAUUUUAUAAACUAAAACAAUUCGACAAAAAUUGUAUUUAUUUUUGUAUAUAUUAUUAAAUUUAUUAUAAAAAGAACACAUUUAUUAUUAUUAUUUUUUAAUAAUCAAAAAGAUUGUUAUAAAACAUACAAGUAAUAACUAAUAAGUAUUUAGAUUCUAUAUAUGGUUUUGUCAUCAUUGUUUUAUCCUGUAUUUGUUAAAAAUUUUAUUGUAUCUUAUCUUAUUUUAUCUCAAUAUCUAUACAGCUUUUAUUCAAAAAAAAAAAAUUAAAAUUAAAUAAUAUUAAUUCUCAAAACUGGGACACAUUGGCGUACCAACAUUUAUUUUGGGACACCGGUACACCAAAUGAAACACCGGUGACAGUCCUGGUUUUCCGGGAUGUAUGGCAACCCUAUAUAAAGUUGUCUCUGCUGUUAUGAGUCAGAACAUUCACAUGUUUAACAAAUUAAUUAAAAUUUUCAAAGUAUUUUUAAAUUUGUAUUUAAGGUAAUUGCACAGGUGAUAUCAGUACUUGGCAAUUAGACCAAACAAUUGAAUUAAGUGAUGGUGUAGAAAGUGUACUUACUUUAAAUUCUAAAAUACCUGUUCAUAACGAUUGUGUCAAUGGUGUGAGGUUAGUAUUAGUUUAAUUGUUAUAUACUGUAUUUUAAUUAGUAAUUUAAAAACAAAUAUUUAGUUUGCAUCCAACUCGUCCUUUAUUAGCCACAACAUCUGGACAGAGACAUCAUGACUUUUAUGAUGAUGAUGACGAACAAGCAUUACAAGUUACCUGUACUGAUAGUAGUUUAAAACUUUGGAAAAUAAUUUAAAAUUAAAAGCCUGUAUUAUUAUGUAAACAUUUUAAACAAUUCAAUUGACUGUGUUUAAUUAUUAAUAAAUAUACAUUGAUUAUUACUAUAAAAAUAAUUAACUAUUGUUUCAUUGCAUGAAUACAAAUAUCAAUAACAAACCAAUGAGAUUAACAUAUUUGAAAGAAUUUAAAAUCGCACUGGAUGGAGCUUGUGUAGAUGUUUCUUGUGUGGCUGGAUUGAAAAAUUCAUGUAAAAGUGGAUGAGCUCUCACAAAAUAUGCAGAAUUAAGUUCUACUUCGUGAUACGAUUCAUCAAAUGAUUCUUUUAGUGUUGGUGAUAAAUAAGUAUAAUUUCUGAUUGAAUUUAGCUGUAAAAUAAAUAUUAAUUAUAAAAUAUUUUAUUUAUCUCACUAGUUAGCAUAAGAACUGAAUAAAAAUAUAUGAUAUAUGUUAUAUUCGUAUGAUAUGAAUAAUUAUUAUCAUACCUGAUACAUUUCAUUAGUCGUUGCAACUUGCGCAGCUAAAGUUGAGUACAUUAGCAUAAUUGUUUCUUCUUUAACCCACAUACUGAUUAGGGAUUGAUUUAUUUUAUUUUGUAAGAAUUCUGUUGUUACAUUGAUACCAAGUGGUGUCAAUGAUAUUGAUUCAAACAUUGUUUUAUAAUCUUGUGGACGUAUUGGGCAAUUAGGAUCAAGAAGAAGAUCUAAGUAACUACAACAUAAUUAUUAUUAAUUUGAAUAACAAAAUUAAAAUGUACAAUAAUGUUUAAAAAAAUUAAAAAUAAAUAACAUCUUUACUUAGACAAAAUUGUUCUGUUAGUACUACAAGCUAAUGCCAAUAGUGCUGCUUGUCUUUCUGAAGUUGAUGAUGUAUUCUUAUAUAAUUCAAAAACUGCAUUCCACUUCUCUUUAGUUCCGUUUUUAACACCAAAACAGAGUGCUGAUUCUUUUAUAUCUGGAAGUAUUCUAUUAAAAAUAAUUUUUUAUUUUUAAAUAGUUGUAAUUAUUUUGUAAUUUAUUUAGAUAUUUUACUCUGCUCCACUUUGAUGCCAUUUAUUAAAAUUAAAUGAAGCUACUUGAACACAAUCAUCAACUUCUAACUUGCAUGCCCAAUUUGAAAAUUCAUUCAAACUAGUCAUUGAUAAGUGUUUAGUAUUUAUCUUUAGGUAAGGGUCUUGAACUUUUUUAUAGAUUAUUUCUGCAUAUUUUUUUGUAAAAUCCUAAUUUAUAUCAUAAAAUAAAUUAAAAAUUUAAUGUCUAAAAGAUUCAUAUGAUAUUGUUAGUAAUAUGCAUUAAACGGUAAAUAUUACUUUCAUUUGAGGACCUGUGUGUGGACAACGUCUUAAACGUUCUACAAGAUAUGACAUGCUAUUUUUCACUGAAUACCAUGGAAUAAAAUCAUCUUCUUUGUACAAGUAAUCAAUUAAAUUAAAUGGUACAGAGUAUGACAAUUCGCCAGCUCUGGCUAAAUUGAAUGAAUCGUCAAUUAAUUGUGCUCUAUUUAGGAUGUGUAUUGAUUUUGGGUUGUUUUUUAGCUGGUCAGUUAGCAGAUUCCAAUUAUUUAAAUCAUAAUUAACUCUAUAGAAACCUUGAAACAAAAAAUAAAUGUAACUAGAGAGUAUACAAUGAAGAUAAAAAUACAAUAUUAAGUAUAAACAACUUUUUAUUUUCAGGUUAUAAUAUUCUCUAUGAUCAUUAUUGAUUUCAAGUAUUAAAGUGUAUAAUAAGUGGGUACCUUAAAUGUUCUAUACCUAAUUAUAACUACUACAAGUUAACCUGUUUAAAAAAAAAAUGUUAUACUUGCGGUAAAAUUGUACCUGUAGACUGAAGGUUAAAUAAUACCCAGCCUGCAUCUUUUUCUAGUGGUAUUAUAAUUUUCGAUUGUGUAUUAUUCAUCCAAAUUGACGGUAAAAGAUUAUUAAAAUUAUUGUAUUUUCUUGUAGUAUAUGUAAGGCCAAUAUGCCACAAACUAGUAUCAAUUAGUUUUGGCUCAUCAACUUGGAACCGUUUCUUCAAAAAUAAAUUAUAUAUUCUUUAAUUAUAUAGUAAUUUUAAUUAUUUUUAAACACUUAUAGAUAUGUACUUGACUUAUAAUAAGACCAUUAUUUCCAUUGCUUGUAUUAACAUGUAUUACAGGAUAUCCAGCUUGAUCAGUCCAUGAUGUCAUAAAUUCUCCAACUGUAAUUUUAUCCCCUAAUAUUCCUAAUUUAUACUCAUUUUCAUACAAUACAUUAUCAAAAGAGUCCCAUAAAUUUUUUGGUUCAACACUUUUGUACCUGAAAUAGAAAAAAAAAUGAAUUAAUGUUGUCAUAAAUUGCAUUAAUAAGUUUAGUUUAAAAGUUUAAUUGCAAUAAUAGUGAUAUUUUUUAGGUCUUACAUAUAGAUAUUUAAAUAUAAUGAUAAAGAUUUUCUAAAUAUUUCAUCAUUCAAUGUAUGUUUUAACAUUCUUAAUACUGCAGCUCCCUUACUGCGUGUAAUUGGAUCAAAAAUAUUUUUAAUUUCUUUUGGAGUGUCCACUGAUGAUGUCAUUGGAUGCGUUGGUCGAUGGUCAUAGGCCAAAACUGAUUGAUGUUGUUCAAUAACAAACAAAUCUCCAACUUUCCAGGAAGGUUCUGCCUAUAAGUGAAUUAACAAAUUAGUGAACUUAAUUAAUAAAUCAUGUAUUACAAUUAAUUUAAUAAACAAAUUUAACAAUAUCUUUUUAGAUACCACUUCAACUGCAUAAUAUUGAAAUAAUGUAGCAAGCGCUUCAUUUAACCAUACAUAAUUCCACCAAGAACAUGUUACAAGAUUGCCAAACCAUUGAUGAGACAAUUCGCGUUGUACAGUUGUAGUUACAAGUUCUUUGUCUUUUUCACUUGAUUUUUUUGUUACCAAUAGAUAUUUUUCUCUGGAAUGUAUAAAAAUAAAAUUAGAAUUUUACAGUAAGACUAACAAAGCGAAAGAAAGUGUCUUGUGGAAUUUAAAGGAAAAUUUAAACAAGGUGUGGAGAAAAAUUGCCACAUGUGUUAAAAGUACCGAAGAAGACAUUGUUAGUGAAAGUUGGAAUAGUAUAUCUGUAUUUCCCAGAAAGUAAGGAAAUUUGAUAGUGGAUUGAAAAUUUUCAAAGAGUAAUAGCGAGUAUAAAAAGCAAUGUACUUAAUCUAUGGCAGCAGAACAGAAGGAGAAAAUAUUAAAAAGAGAUCAAUAGAUCUCAGUAAAGGAACCUAAGAACAUGGUAAGCAAAGCGAAUUUAAAGAAAUAUGUUGAUUUGUAUAGGAGAUUAGAAACAAAAAAAGGUGAAAAAUAAAUGUUUGUUUUGUCAAGGUUAGAGAAAAAUGGUUUAGGGAUUUUCAUAUUGUAUGGUGUAAAAAAAGUUAAGAUAAAAGGCUAUUAAAAAAUGAUGUGGACAUAAAAAAAGAACUGUUGGAGUACUUUAAAAAAUUAUUGAAUUAGGAGUAUCUAGAAGUGAUUUAAAAAGUGUUUUAUGUAACAAAGGUCUGGUGGAUUUAGUUGGAGAAGAUGAAGUGUGGUGGGUUGUGAAAGCAAUGAAAAAGAAAAGAGCAGAAGGUACAGAUGGAAUACUAGUGAAAGGUUGGAAAAUGUUAGGGGAGUUAAACACAGGCUAGGUAACAAGGUGAUGUAUCAUGGUGCAUGAUGUUUGCAGAUGAUAUAGGUAGAGUUUGAGUAGGACGGCUGACGAAACUGGCGAUUUUUAUUUCGUUAUUUUUUUAAAAAUGUUUAUCAGUAAGUAAUAGGUAUAUCCCAUACACGCAACGCGACUUUUGUUGCGGUAAACGCGGCGAUUUUGCACAGGAAUAAGCUAAGUAUCUAUAUUUCCUCUAUUUAUAAGAAUCUUACGUGACAUUACAUGCUGAGUUUUAUUGCAACAAUCGCAUACGACUGUUGUCAAAAAACAAAACAUGGCUAAAAAUUACGAUACUAGUUAUAAUAUAAAUCUAAUCUAAGAAUUUUAAAAAUAUCUUUAUUUAUAUAAUUUUAAACUUUCAGACUACCUUCUUUAAACAACUGAAACGUUUCUGAUGUAAAAACAAUUUUUUUGGAAAUAUAAAUGCAUUUCUGUUGAUGAUAACUCAGUAGGGAUAAAUUCAAUGUUUAAGUUUUUUGGUCUUAUUCUAUUUAAGUAAUACUACAUUACAUACAUUUGACGUACCUAUGUAUUAUACGAUUACAUUGUGAACUCGCUACUCAGAGAAAAACAUCGUAGGUAAACUACUAUCGAAGACAAGAAUAUAAUAAUAUACCUACAUACAAUAUUUUAAAUAGUUGUUGAAACCACAAUCGCAGAUAGUGUGCGGAUUAACACAACAUUUGUAACGACGAUUUUUAAUUUUUUUUUUUUUUUAAAUUGUGUUACGUCACCCUACCUAGUUAGUAAAUAAAUAUCUAUUGGUGAGUCAGUGAAAUUUUAAUUUAAAAAGUUUUUUUGUUAUCAGAGAAAAUAAACAAUCUGCACAAUAAAUGAAUGGCGUCUAAGGAACAAAACGAUUAAAAAUAAAUACUUCAAUGACAUGAGGAGAAGCCACCAUCUAGAGGCACACCUAAGUUCUCAUUUAAAAAAUUAACCACAAAAUAAGCUGAAAAUAUAUUAAUGUUAUUACUUGUAUGUAUUCAAUCCCCAAUUUUCCAUUGCAUUAUAUGAAAAAUCGGGCACUGCUAAAAGAUCUAUUUUUGAAUACGGAUAUGGAAUAUUGGUGUAAAUUUCCAUCAAAUUGAGUAAUGCAUUUGCCUUUUCUUCAAUAAAAUUUACUUGAUCACUAUAUUCUUUGUGUGUAUAUACAUAAAUUCGCUGGGUCGCAUUAUUUUUUCUUCCAAAUUCUGACACAGAAAAUGCUACUGAAUAUGUAGGCAUAGGUUUUGUGGUUUUAAACUGAUCACAUAUAUAACUUGGCGGUAAAUUAUAACUAAAAUGUUUAUUUAAAAUUAGAUUAUUUCAAUAUGUAACUAAUUUAUACUUAAAAAUUAUUAUCUUCGGUACUUAUAAACUUACACUUGAUAAUCUCGAUCUUUUGGCAUGUUUGACAAAGCCAUUUGAGUAUCUUUUCGUGUAAUAUAGAUCGUAAAAGGCGUUUUAAAUCCCGGUUCGUCAUAACAGGGGAAUGCCCUUCUAGCAUAAGUUGGUUCGAAUUGAGUAACGGCUAACCAUCUAAAAUAAAUUUAAAUUUAUCAUUUAUUUGUGUGUGAAAUAUGUAGGUACAUUCAAAUAUUACAGUUUUAAAACAGUAAUGUUAGCAUAGAUGACAAAUUUUGAAAAAUGUAAUGGGUGCUGUAGGUAUAGGUGUACUAAGAACUUCAACAACUUUCCUAUCACCAAGGAACAAAAUUGUAUAUUUUACAUACCUAUAAAUAAAUAUUGGUAGUAAAUUGUGUUCUGUGGUAUUUUUUUUCAUACGAAUUUUAGUAUUAAAUUUUGACAGAAAUUGUAAAUAUUAGUCUUUCAAAACAUGUAUAACCGAACAUCGCUCCAAAUUGUUUUUCGUUAACAAUUGUUUAUUCUUGCGUAUACAGAUGUAAAUUUAAUUCCCCUCUACAUUCUAUCAUCUCAACUUCACAGACAGGGACAAAUGUUAAAUAAAUAAAAAAUGAAUAUUUAUUUGAGCACUUCCCUAAUCAUUACAUUAUUACCUACUUGGAAAUGUAUGUUAUAAAUAUUGUCCUAUAGAGUCUAUACUACAUUUUUUUCUCUAAAAAUCAAAUAUAACAUAUGUAUGGUAAUUCUUACUUGGUAGUAUUACUCUCUUCAUCUAUGUACGAGCUUUUAUAGAAACCAGUCAUAUCAUUACGCAAUUCGCCAGAAUAUUGAAUUUGAACUUCAUAUACUCGAUCUGCAAUAAGCCCUGGUUUAUCAAGUUGAAUUUUGAGCUGCUCGUUUUUAACCACUAAAUUAAAUCUGACCACUUUGACUGUUGUUUGUGCGCUUGUAUCAGUUAUAUCCAUAACAUUAACUUUUGUUAUAUUUAAAUCAUAUGCAUUCAAAGUCAACUCUUCUGUUGACGUGCUUACAUUGAUAGUUAUGGUUACAUUAGCGUUGAAUAUUAAAGAACUCUGUGUCGGAUCAAUAUUAGGCGCGAUGACCAAUUUAUAGGAUAAUGGUUCGGUAUUGUUGGGCAAUCGAAAUACGUCGAUUUUUUCAUUUUUGUCGGUUGUACCCUGCGCUAGAGUGCAAGAGCAGAAUAAAAACAGUAAUAAUAUUAUAAACAUCGUGGUAACAGAAACAGCGCAAAAUAUAAACUAACAGCCAAAUAUACAUAAAUAUACUGAGUCAAUAAAAACAAAAAAUCAACUUUUUAUCGUAAAU